AUGGCUACGUUCUCGGGGGGGCUGGACGGCUCGGAAGGGCGCGGCAUCCCUUCGGCCGAAUUCGUGGGGUCAUGCUUCCGUAAGGGGAGGAAGGACGGGCUGCUGCUCUACUACGUCGAGAAGGCGCCGAGGGACUACCCUUUCGAGGUCGAGUCGAAGGCAGCCGGAGCGGCUAGCCUCGACUGGUCGGUGAUGAGGAAGCACCUCAAGGUUGACGCCUUCUGCAUGGAGACCUUCCGGUGGUACGGGGCUAAGGUGGCCGAGGUGAGCGAGGAGCGCAAGCAGGUGAAGGUGCACUUCAACGGCUGGAAGUCCAAGUUCGACGAGUGGAUGGACUGGGAGUCGUUCCGGCUGGCCCCCUGCGGCUCUCGGUCCUCGGCGAAGCGAGAGGGCGAGAGCGCGUCCACCGCCGCUAGGAAGGAGAGCUUGACGCGCUGCGUGCUGGUGCCGGCCCGACGCACGGUGCGCAUCCGGAUCAACUGCGUCGAUGACUGGUGCAUCGACUACUCCGACACCAACCACCCAGUGCUGUGGAUCAUCAGCGGCCAUGCGUGGUACAAGGUGGCAGGGUCAGGCUGGUGGGACUUCGUAGCGCCGCACCCGAUCUACGCCCCGGUCUUCGAGCCCUCGAGAAAGUCGUUCGCUCUCACGUGCUUGGUGGCUCGUGCACUGCAAUCGAGUCCUACUUCAAGCUUGGCCGCCGUGGGGCGACGUGUGUCGCAGAUCACGUCGGGGGUGUUUGAGACGCGCGAUAUCGUCGAGGAGCAUGAGGUGGUUGCGGCUACGAUCGCGGGGAUGGGCGCUCUGAGCACCAAGAAGAAGCCGGACAACGCGGAGGGUAUGCUAGAUGGUGGCGGGGAAGACGGUCCGGGGUCGUGGCCCGGCGCGAACGGCGACAACAACGGGUGUUCAGACUCGGUGGAUGCCAAGGACACGCUGUUCUUGAAGGAGCUGGGGACGAAGGGGCAGGAAUGGGAAGCGAACGGCCGCUCCUUUGUCCGGCGGCCGCCCCCACCACCGAUACCGUCGCCUGCCAUCACCAGACCUCCCCCCAACAGCCGAAUGCUCACCGCCCCCGACAGAGGGCCUUUCUCCAAGCCAGCCCCGAACGCGUCGGCCUCCUCCGCCGCCUCCUCCUCCAAACCCGCCGCAAACGCGGGCCCGAUACGAAUUGCCGCCAACUUGAACGCUAUGGGCGGCGGAGUCAGGGCGGGAGGGGGAGGGGGAGGAGGGGUGCUCUCGGGGAGCUACAAGGCGGAGGGCAGCGGCGCCCCCAAGCUGAUUGGAGGACCGAAACCUGGCGGCCCGAAACCUGGUGGCCCAAAGCCUGGAGGUUUUUAUGGCCAGGGAGGCGGGGCGGGAACGGGAGGCGGAGGAGCGUUGCCAAGACCUGUGCCCGCCGUGAAGGCGGUGAAAACCGGCCCGACUGCGGAGGAGAGGCUUCAGCAGAGGAUCGCGGAGAAGCUGGAGAAGCAGGCGAAGGCGGAGAAGCUCGCCAAGGAAAAGGCGGCCAAGGCGGAGAUGUUGGCGAGGGAGAAAGCGGAGAAAGCGGAGAUCGCGGCCAGGGAGAAAGCCGAGAAGGCGGAGGCGGCGGCGAGGGAGAAGGCGGAGAAGGCGGCGAGAGAAAGGGCCGAGAAGGAAGCCGAGAGGGAGAGGAAGGCGCUGGAAAAGAAGCAGAAGCUCGAACGCCAGGCGGAGGAGAAGGCAAGGCUGCUGCUAGAGAGGCAGGCCGAGCGGCAGGCUGCACACGUCAAGAAGCUGGAGAAGCAGCGCGAGAUAGCGGAGGAGAAGGAGCGCGCUCGCAGGGCAAAGGAGGCGGAGCGCCUGGCCAAGCUGGAGCAGAAGAGGCUGGAGAAGGAGGCAAAGGACCGGGAGAGAGCGGAGCAGCAGGCCAGGGAGCAGGCCAGGAGAGGCAUCGAGAAGGAGAGGGCCAGGCUGGCCAAGCGGUACCCGCUCCCGGACGAGGAGCUUCGGCAAGAGCAGCUCCUGAUGGGCAAACAGCCGGCGCCGUGGCCGGAACCAGGGCAGCUGCCUUGCCCAAGGGGAUUCCCGCCAAGCGCGUUCGGUGACGUGGUCAGUGCUUGGGCCUGCCUCCAGCUGUUCGGCACCCUGAUGCACCUGAAGAGGUUCAGCCUGGAUGAGCUCAUGGUGGGGCUCGCCAACGGUGCUCCCGCUGUCGAAGCGGAUGGCCCUCCCGACGAUGCAGCGGAAGACCUGCUGGACAUCAUCCCCGCCCCGGUGGGGUCCGAUCCCAACGAAGACGCCGGCGGCGUGGGGGGCUACGGGGAAGGGGUGCUCCGGCGAGUGGAGACCCGCCGCAUGGCCGCCGCCCGCGGUUUCGCUGGCCUCGGCUUCCGGCGGGAGGGGGCCAGGGGCCGUGACGCGAGGGUUCUCCAGGCGAGGGUGUUGGACCCGCUGGGGGAGGUGAUGCGCAUCCUGCGGCACCUGCUCAAGUCCGAGGAGGCCAAGCCGUUCGCGGACGUUCCUUCGGACGAUGACGUGACGCCGGAGUCGGAGAGCGGCCUGGGUGAUGACGGAGGGUUCGGCGGGGGCGGGGACGGGGGGGUGGUCAAGAAGGAGGAGGAGAAGGCCGAGGUGAAGAGACCGCUGGACCUGGGUACGAUCCUCAGGCGGGCGGAGAACGGGUGGUAUGACCUUGAGCCGGGGGCUGAGCCUCCGGUGGAGUCGAACAGCUUCGGUGCGGGGCACGCAGGUGUAGCGUACGACGUGGAGCUGAUGCAACAGGGCUGGUUGGAGGCGAAGGGCGCAGACAGCGCCAUCUUCGAGCAGGCUCGCGGGGUGGUGGACGAGUUCCUGGCUCUCUACGAAACUCACGUCCUCAACCCGCUCGUAGAAUUAGACAAGGACAUCAGAGGUUCCGCGGCUGCGGCGGCGGCGGCGGCGGCGGCGGGGAGAGGGGGGUUGGAAGAGGGCCGUGUCCUGCUCCGGUCCGACACGGACUCCGAGGGCGCGAGGAGGGGUGCAACUGGGUGUAACGACCCGCUAGAGAUGGUGAGGCAGAUGGGGUCGGAGGAGUACAGGCGGUGGUCACCGGCGGCGAGGAGCCGGGCUCUGGCGUGGCUCUGCGACGAGGCCCUGUCCGCCGCGACGAUGAACGACCUUGUGAAGAGGGUGCAGGAGGCGAAGGAGGUGGUGGACCGGAAGGACCGAGAGAUCAAGGCAGCGGUUAGGCAGAGGCUUCGAGACCAGGAGGCCACGGAGGCUAGAGGGUUUCACAACCCCCACAAUCGUCGCGGUACGGAGGCUGAGAUGAUCACGGCUCGGAUGCUGAUGGAAUCUCCGGAUGUCAAGACAGUUCGGGAGUUGGGCAGCGUCAAGGUCCGGUUGAAGCCGCUGGGGCUGGAUCGUGAUCGCCGAAGAUACUGGCUCUUUGCCACUGGGGAGGACCACCGGUUGUUCGUGGAGCACAACGAGGUUUGGGGGUGUUACGCCAGGGUUUCCCAGCUCAAGGCGCUCCACAAGUGGCUAGACCGUCGAGGCGUCCGAGAGCGCACCCUCAAGGCUGCCCUCCGAGAGCACCUGAUCGCAAACCUCGGCGUUAGCGCACAGGAGUUGGAGCCUGUUCGUAGGCCGUACGGAGGAAGCAGCAGGGGGCGGUCGGACGUGGACGUGCUUGGCGGUGGUGGCAAUGAGGGAGCCGACGAAGGGGACGAGGAAGAGGAGGAAGAUGGCCAGCAGUACUUGGGCGAGCCAGCAGAGGUUGCUCGAGAGAAGGAGCGGGAGCGGUCGGCGGGACUGUUAGCUCUCAACAGUUGCGGGUUUGCAGCGGAGGAGCAACGGAGGGCGCUCAAGCGCUUGUGCAGCUCGUUCGCGGUGGACCUGCACAGUCUAAGGGCGGCCGGGCUAGCCUUCGAGCUCAAGACUUCCGGGUGGGUGAUGCGAGACCUCGCCGUGCACAUGGGGCCCAACGGCCUCGGGCUUCAGCUGGACGUGCGGCACGGCGGGGUGGUGGUGGACGGCCUCACGCAAAUGCCGCCUGGGGUUUCCAAUCCGGGGCAGGCGGCGGGUGUUCGGCUAGGAGACCUCCUGGUAUCGGUGGACACGAUCGUCGCGGAGACGCCCAGGCGGCUGGCGCAGGGGCUGAAGGACACGGGGCUCUCUCAGUCGGGCAAGCUCGUGGUCGUAAAGGUGCUGUCGGACGUGCUUCUCACGGAUGGGCAGGGAGAGCCGCUACAGCAGGCGCUUGACUACGCGGCCAUCGACAUGGUCAAGGGUGCCCUCCUAGAGAGCGAAAGCAGGCUGCACCACAGCUUUGUCGUAGGCCCGGGGUGGGAGGGGCAGGCGUGCACCGAGUGGAGACUCGGAGUCUCCUUCGCGGGGCAAGGCGCCGACCAGAACAGAGGGGGAGGGGGGGGACGCGAGACCGACGUCCCCGCCGGGGGGGCGACGCCUUCUUUCACCGAGCCCAAGAAGCAGCAGCAGCAGGCGACGUCGGAGCUGGUGGGAGGGAGCGGCGCGAUCUUUCAGGAGGGGAGCAUGCCUGUCUUGGAAACCCAGGGGCCGUUGAGCCUAGGGCCGUGCUCGGUGGCCGCGGGGAGGGCGGCGGUGGAGGAGCUGGCGAGGAGGAUGCUGUACAUCGAGGCGCUGGUUUUCAAGCAGGACACGGUUGUGGAUGCCCGUUGGUCGGAGUUCGGGCGGCGUCGAAAGUGGAGAACCUUCGUCAACAACGCACAGACAGCGCCGCAGCUCCUCGCGGCCUGGGGCGCGUUCAAGGAUGUGAUCGACUGGCAAGCCGCGCAAGGGUGUUACUCUGAGCUGGACCGGCGAAAGUUCCUUUCCCUGCUACCGGCUCACCUGAGAAACUCCAUGCCGGACAAGGGGGAUGAGGUCCUCUACUAUGGAGACGGGCACGUGCUCUCGUUGGAGGCAGAGGCCAAGGCCGGAUAUAGGGGUGUGUGGGGCUCUGACCCGCCUAGGCCUGGCACCGUCCAGCAGCACACGGUGAAGUCUAUCUCGUACCACCAGGGGGGCUCCAGCCGGAGGGCCAAGGGCGCGCAGCCCUUCGCCACCAUAGAGCUCGAGCCCACUCCGGUGCCCCGAUCUUUCGAAGAGCUGGGUCUGCUGCCUCCCACAGAGCCUUUCGGCAAGCUAAACCGGCUGUUGAAGAAGGCUGUCAAGGCCAUGAGGGAGAGGGCUGACGUAGCGCACUUCCUCGUACCUGUGAGCAGGACGAUAUACCCAGACUACUACGAUGUGAUCUCGGAGCCGAUGGACCUGAACAAGCUGUGGAAGCGGUGCUCGGCGUGCCGUUACCGGUCGGUGGAGGAGUUCAAGCGCGAGCUGGCCUUGGUCGCCUCUAAUUGCCGCCUCUACUGCCAGGACAAGUUCCCCACCCUACCCCCAGCGGCCGACGCUGCGGUGAACGUUGGAAUGGAGACCCUAGAUGAGCCCAAGCUGGCUGCCGAGCUUGGCAAGACGGUGGAAGACGGGAAGAGACUGGAGGCGUUGUGGAACAAGCACAUGUCAGCCGCCAUCAGCGCCUCGCCUGAGCUCGCCACCAUGCCCGGCAUGCAGAAGCUCGCAAGGCAACUGGGCUUUGACACGGGAACUGCCGAAGAGGAUGACAUUGGAAGGGGGGGGCAGGAGAGCGACGAAGACGACGACUAUGGACAGCCGGACACGGCCAGCAUCGCCCGACAGGUGUUUUACGACAAGCUGGUGGGCAUCAAGUACGGCACUCCCGACGAGGAAGAGAAACAUCAAACCGACGGCAGCGAUAGUGGCGACGCCAAGAAAAAGCCUCCAAAACUCGACGAAACACCCGAGGCACGGUCUCCGACGGCCAAUGGCGUCUCCCCAACACCCCCGUCGCCAGGCGGCGGCGCGGCUGCUGCUGCUGCUGCUGCUGCACCCCAAGCAUCGCCGUCGGCAGCUUCGCCGUCGGCGGCGACAAAGACGGCCGAAGCACCUUCGUCGACUACAGUUGCGGCGGAGGGGGAAGCCUCGCCGUCUUCUGCUGCGACCUGCGCGCCCGGUGCCGCUGGUGCUGCAGGGACCCCAGACACACCUCCGCCCGGAGAGCAGGAGAAGCGGCAGUCGGACGUGGCCGCUGACGCGUCCAAGGAAGAAGGCGCCGGGGGCGGGGAGGCGGCGGCGGCGGCGGCGGCGGCACCGGCGGCACCGGUGGCGCCGGCAGUAGUGCCCGGGGGUGUGUUGAGGGUUUCUAUGCGGCUUAGCAAUGAAAUGCCCGAGUUCGUGGUGGUGACGUCCAAGUAUGACGAGGCCAUGACCUUCAACUGGAGGUCGGAGAUGCACAUACAGAUGGCCUUCAUGGAGGAACCAGGGGAGCCCCCCCGCAUUUUCGAGGGCACCCUGGUGGGGGUGAAGCCCAAGGAUCCCCGCACGCAGAUGAUGCCUUGGGAGUGCCUGAUGGUGGAGUGGGACGACGAGGCGGGGAUGAACACCGUCAACCCGUGGGAGGUAGAGGCUGUGUCGGCAGCGACGGCCGCCGCGCGACGCCGCGCGCCGGGGAUACCGGGGGUCGGAGAGCACAUAGGGUAG